CACACAAAAAGCCUCCAUAUACGCCUUGACAACAGUGCAUAUAUAUGUAUCUUUGUAUCCAUCCACACAUACACAAUUAUUUAGCUGCUCUCAGAAGCAAAGCUAGUCCGUCAUGACGAGUGGAGCGAGAGAGAAUGACAAGAAGAAGAAGAAGAAAAUGAGUUCUCUAUGGCCAUUUUGCUCUGCUAAAUGCUUCCAAAAUCCAUCUUCUGAAGUUGCAGAGCCAGACAAGGCUGAUUCAGUCUCCCCUGUUGUAAAGAAGCAGCCUGGAGGAUGGAAAACCAUGCCUUUCAUUUUAGGGAAUGAGACGCUUGAGAGAUUGGCGACGAUUGGGCUGUUAGCAAACUUCAUGGUUUAUCUGAUGAGAGAAUUUCACAUGGAGCAGGUGGCGGCUUCAAAUGUUCUCAAUAUCUGGUCUGGUAUUACAAAUUUUGCACCUUUGCUCGGUGCUUUCAUCUCCGACGCCUACGUCGGAAAAUUUCCCACCAUUGCCGUCGCUUCUCUCGCUUCUUUUAUGGGAAUGGUGAUUGUGACCUUAACGGCGGGAAUACCAACCCUUCAUCCCCCUUCAUGCAAACCCACCGCCGGAAACUGCAUCGGGCCCAACCGCCUUCAACUGGGUGUCCUGCUGACAGGCCUCGGUUUCUUGACAAUUGGGUCCGCCGGGAUCAGACCAUGUAGCAUACCCUUUGGCGUUGACCAGUUUGACCAAACCACGGAGGAAGGAAUAAAGGGUGUCAAUAGCUUUUUCAAUUGGUACUACACCACAUUCACUAUCGUCCUUUUGAUUACACAGACACUGGUGGUUUACAUUCAGGACUCUGUUAGCUGGGUCUGGGGAUUCGGGAUUCCCACAGGGCUCAUGGUGGCUUCCAUCGUCAUGUUCGUCGUUGGGUAUAGAAUCUACGUUCAUGCUAUGCCGGAGGGCAGCAUAUUUUCCGGCAUUGCUCAGGUUUGUGUGGCUGCUUUCAAGAAACGCCGGCUUAAGCUUCCUUCAGAGCAGCAUGAUAACAAAAUUAACGGUGGAGGUCUCUUUUAUGAUCCUCCGUUGAAUGGAAGUACAGUGUUGUUCAAACUACCACUUACCAACCAAUUCAGGUUCUUGAACAAGGCGGCUAUGAUAGUUGAAGGCGAUGAGUUGAAGCCAGAUGGAUCACCAGCAAAUAAAUGGAGAUUGACCAGCAUCCAAAACGUUGAAGAAGUAAAAUGCCUGAUAAAAAUAAUUCCCAUAUGGGCUUCCGGCAUCAUCAGCUUCACAGCCAUGUCCCAGCAAGGAACAUUCAUAGUAUCACAAGCCAUGAACAUGGACCGUCACCUGGGCCACAACUUCCAAAUCCCACCAGGCUCCAUCAGCAUCAUCUCCAUGAUCACUGUAGGAAUCUGGCUCCCCUUCUACGACAGAUUCAUGGUGCCAGCCCUGCGCAAACUCACCAAACACGAAGGAGGAAUCACGCUUCUCCAAAGAAUUGGAAUUGGGAUCGUGUUUUCAGUUUUAGCCAUGGUGGUCGCCGGGUUGGUCGAGAAGGAAAGAAGGGCUGCAGCCAUUUCGCACCCUAAUUCCCCCAUGUCCGUCAUGUGGCUUGCUCCUCAGCUCAUCGUGCUGGGAUUAUGCGAGGCAUUUAGUGCACUUGGGCUGAUUGAGUUUUUCAACAGGCAGUUUCCUGAACACAUGAGGAGUAUUGCGAAUUCUCUUCUGUUUUGCUCCUUUGCCGGAUCUAGCUACCUCAGCACCUUGUUGGUCAACACUGUGCACGCAGUCACCGGAGGCCAUGGCCGGCCGGACUGGCUAGCCAACGAUAUUAAUUCCGGCAGAUUGGAUUACUUCUACUAUCUUGUAGCAGGGUUGGGGGUGUUGAACUUUAUCUACUUUCUCUAUGUUGCUCGACGUUAUCGGUAUAAGCUAAAGAAUUUACUAGUUGGAGAGACGCCAUUUUUAGACGUAGAUCUAAGUUCAUCCAAGCCAUGAAGUCAUCGUCACCAACUACGUCACUAGCUAAUUAAAUAAAGUACCAUGCGUGGCCUACGACAAACAUGUAAUUAAUAAUAUUUAGAAGAUAAAUAGAGUUAUUACUUAUAAUUA